AUGUUUACUCUUGGGCAGUAUAUUUAUAUAUACUAUUUAUCAAAAUAUCCAUUUCUACCGUAUCCAAUUCAAAAUUCAACAACGGUUGCUGUUCGAUCAUAUUUUCAAAAAAUAAAUAAUAAUUUCCCAGAUAAAUGUUCGCAGAGUGGUAUUGUCUUAAAUCGCGGUGCUCAAUCAUGGGCACAGCAACGAUCCGCUGAUCUAUUCUUUUGGACUAAUCUAUCAAGUUGUUUUCCUAUUAUUAUAAUGACCUAUAUUCUUGGAAUAUACACUCCAAAAUUAGGCAGACGAUUUGUUCUUAUAAUUCCUAUUAUAGGAGCUGCUUGUCAAUUAGCUAUUUGGCUAGCAAUUAUUUAUUUUCAUCUACCAGAAUAUUGGUGGUAUAUAGCUGCAUUUAUCGUUGGUUUAUCAGGUUCUGAUAAUAUUCGAAAUUUCGUUCUCAAUUUAUUUAUCACUGACAAUACUGGUGAACAUGAGCGUUCAUCGCAUUUUGUUGUUUUUGGUGCAAUGUCAAUGAUAGUUUCAGCCGUAGGAACAUUUAUUAUUGGUUAUUACAUAGCAUGGAAUGGUUUCACUGAUUUGUAUUGGAUAGCAUUAAUAUUACAAUUAGUUUCAAUUUUUGUUGUUAUAUUCUGUUUGAAGCCUGAUAAACAUCAUUAUAAAAGUCUAUUAAGUGAUUCAAAUACGUUACUGAAUUCAACCGAUAUACAAAUAUCUAAACUACAUUAUAUUUCUUGUUUAGAUUUUUUUAAAUUGCUUGGAUUUAAAACACAUUCCCGUAAAAAAUCAAUUAGUCUUUUACUAAUACUUGCUGCAUAUGCAUCCUAUUCAUUUAUUUGUACAACUUUUAUUGUAAUUCUUCUAUAUCUUCUCAAUGCUCCGUUUUGUUGGACAUCAAAACAUAUUGGAAAUUAUUCAGCAGUAGCAUUAAUUUCAUUUGGUACUUUUAGUGUAUUAGGAAUGAAAAUUUUAACAAAGAUCGGCGCUUGUGAUAUAGUUAUUUGCAUAAUUAGCCAUAUAUUCUUUUGUCUGGCGUCAUUUUGGCUUGCCUUUGCCCAAUAUGAUUGGCAAAUGUAUAUUGGAUUAAUACUUACGUCAUUUUCGGGUUAUCAAAAUUUAUUAACAUUGUCAAUGAUAUCAAAAUGGUUAGAACCACAUGAACGAACCAAUGUAUUUACAUUAGUAACAGAAAUCAAUACAAUUAUGAAAGUAGUCGGCUAUUGUUUCUUCAAUUGGGUUUAUGCACGGACUGUAGUUAAUUAUAAAAAUUUUACAUUUUUACUUGCGUCAUUUUUGAGUAUGAUUCCACUUAUGUUGAAUAUAAUUUUAUGGUUUGUUUCAAGAAAAAUGCCAAAUGAAGAUAAUGAUCGAUGUGAGGAACUCGAUUUAACAUCAACGGAUAUUUCAGUGUCUGGCGGUUGGACAACACAAAUUCCUGUUACCAAUUCAAUUUUAAUUCCACAACAAUUAUCGAAUCUUUCACGUACGAAUUCAUUAUCAUCCAAUGAUUACGAAAUGAAAAAUAUUGAUCAUACUGAUACCCUUUAA